UUCACGGGGGGGCUUCCGCAACGCCUCUUCCUCCAUCUCGCGAACACUGUAGAACUGGCUCAAGCGCGCAGACCCACCUCCCGUGCUCCCGUGGCGGCGGUGGUGAUGGGCGGGCGAGGACCAGGCGAAGGGGUGGAAUGUGGGGAGCCAGCGGUUCACAGAGAAAUCAGCCUCCCUGGCCAUGUCGGUGUUAAGGCCUGUCUCAUCUCCUGAGCCCCAGCAGAACACAAGUGGACUAGUGGAUGAUUUCUCUUGCCUGAGCGAGAGACAGCGUAAUAGCUGGAAUCUGGCUACCCCUCCUAGCCUCUGAGCUUUAGAAGCCAGCUGGAUGAAGGGAUGUAACAGACGCCUGGGAGGGACACUGAAGUCAGCAGUGGGGGGGGGAGGGGCUUGGACACACCCCUUCCCCCCCAGACUCCUCCCCGUCAGGAUCCACUCGGCCAUGGACUUUGGACCUGGAUAAGUGGAGAGAAGCUGUACUUUGGUGGAUCUGAUUCUCAGUUUUGGAAAUGGAGUAUUAGUUGGGGGGCGGGAGGUUGAUUCUCUCCAAGGGAGCAACUGAGAGAAGAAAAGAAAGGUACAUGGCUUCUUCCUACUCUCACCUUAGAAGAAUAAACCCUUAGACUGUGGGGAAUUGAGCCAGGCACGCCAAAGGCAGCCUUGAGGCCUCCCCUUGCCUGCCCUCCCCUGUGGGGGCCAGGAUGCUGAAGAAGCAGUCUGCAGGGCUUGUGCUUUGGGGUGCUAUCAUCUUUGUGGGCUGGAAUGCCCUGCUGCUUCUCUUCUUCUGGACACGCCCAGCACCUGGCCGGCCACCCUCAGACGGAGCUCUUGAUGACGACCCCGCCAGCCUCACCCGUGAGGUAAUCCGCCUGGCCGAGGACGCGGAGGUGGAGUUGGAGCGGCAGCGGGGACUGUUGCAACAAAUCCGGGAGCACCAUGCGUUGUGGAACCAGAAGUGGAGAGUGCCCACCGUGGCCCCUCCAGCCUGGCCCCGUGUGCCUGUGACCCCCUCACCAGCCGUGAUCCCCAUUCUGGUCAUUGCCUGUGACCGCAGCACUGUCCGACGCUGCUUGGAUAAAUUGUUGCACUAUCGGCCCUCAGCCGAGCAUUUCCCCAUCAUCGUCAGCCAGGACUGUGGACACGAAGAGACGGCACAGGUCAUCGCUUCCUACGGCAGCACAGUCACACACAUCCGGCAGCCAGACCUGAGUAACAUCGCUGUGCAGCCAGAUCACCGCAAGUUCCAGGGUUACUACAAGAUCGCCAGGCACUACCGCUGGGCGCUGGGCCAGGUGUUCAACAAGUUCAAGUUCCCGGCCGCCGUGGUGGUGGAGGAUGACCUGGAGGUGGCGCCAGACUUCUUUGAGUACUUCCAGGCCACCUACCCGCUGCUGCGGGCAGACCCCUCCCUGUGGUGCGUGUCCGCGUGGAACGACAACGGCAAGGAGCAGAUGGUGGACCCGAGCAAGCCUGAGCUGCUCUACCGGACAGACUUCUUCCCUGGCCUCGGGUGGCUGCUGUUGGCUGAUCUGUGGGCCGAGCUGGAGCCCAAAUGGCCCAAGGCCUUCUGGGACGACUGGAUGCGCAGACCUGAGCAGCGGAAGGGGCGGGCCUGUAUUCGUCCAGAAAUCUCGAGAACGAUGACCUUUGGCCGAAAGGGGGUGAGCCAUGGGCAGUUCUUUGACCAGCAUCUUAAAUUCAUCAAGCUGAACCAGCAGUUCGUGCCCUUCACCCAGUUGGACUUGUCGUACCUGCAGCGGGAGGCCUAUGACCGGGAUUUCCUUGCCCGAGUCUACGGUGCCCCCCAGCUACAGGUGGAAAAAGUGAGGACCAAUGAGCGAAAGGACCUGGGGGAGGUGCGGGUCCAGUAUACGAGCAGAGACAGCUUCAAGGCCUUUGCCAAGGCCCUGGGUGUCAUGGACGACCUCAAGUCUGGUGUCCCCAGGGCUGGCUACCGUGGCAUUGUCACUUUCCAGUUCCGGGGCCGACGUGUCCAUCUGGCACCCCCAGAGACCUGGGAUGGCUAUGACCCUAGCUGGAAUUAGCGCCUGCCUUUCUCUGCGGGGUCUCCCUGCCAUAUCGUGAGCUGAGACAGGCCUGCAGCUUCCGGGCUACACCAUCCUGUCCAUGUGUCCCUUUUGGGUCUCUCUAUCUUCAUUUUCCUUCCCCCCACCCCUGUGGCAUUCUAGUGCACAGAUCAUAAUCUGAGGGUGAUACUCCUGUUGUCAAGGGAGUCAGAUCAGGGGAAGUAUUAUGUGGUCUGUUUCGGGGGUAUUGAACAAGAAACCACUGUGUGGUUUGGGAAGGGUUGGGCUUGUUGGAGCCAGGCUUACAGUGUCCUGGGUUCUCUCUAAGGGCAUCUGCAGAGAGCUUGGCAUCUCCAGCUCUCCUGACCAGGCCUGCUGACCCUGUCAGUACAUGAGCCCACCUUAUGUACCCAUCCCCCCUUUUUCCACCUUCCCCUAGUUGGGGCUGGAUUAUGGAAGAAGGAAUGGAUUUGUGGCCAAAUGAGACUAACCAAAGGGAUUUCACUGUCAGGGUCAGAUUGGAGUGUUGGGUGGCCAGGGACCACUGCCUCCUGGCUUCUCUUACUGCUGACUUUCCCAGUGCUCUUCUUUUCCUGCAGCAUAGCAGUUUGUGGUUGUGAGGUGGAAAGUGGAAAAGGAAAAGUAAGACUUCUGUGUUGGAGCCAGUUGUCAGGGAAGAUGUAGGAGGAAGCCUGUACUUGGGCACCCCCUCUUGCCCGUGCCCCCCUCCACCUUUCUGAAAGUCCAUUGCCUCCACAUUCUUUAGGAGGAUUCAGUGCCAGCCUGGUGAAAGACAGUGAACUCCGUGCCUCUUUUCCCCUGGGGUUUGGUGUAGAGGCUCCUCCCUGAGGGCUUGCUCCUGGUGGCCGUCUCAAAGCAAAGACACGAGUAGCUGAGACCAGGACAUCUCUGGCCCUGAGCCAGCUACUGUCCUCUGCCUUCCUAAGCAUUCCCACAUCUUCCCAGGCUAAGAUGCAGGUUGGAGAGAAAUAAAGUGUGUUUUUGUUUGUUGCCUGACCUUAGUUUCAUGGAAGAAAAUGGAAUCUACAGAAUUAUUUUCAAAAAUAAAGUAAAGGCUGAAUUGUCUGAAAAA